AAAGGCAAGGACAUCAACACCAUCAAGUCUCUCAGGGUGCUGCGAGUUCUAAGGCCUCUGAAGACCAUCAAACGACUGCCAAAACUCAAGGCCGUGUUUGACUGUGUGGUCAACUCUCUGAAGAACGUGCUCAACAUCCUCAUUGUCUACAUGCUCUUCAUGUUCAUCUUCGCUGUGAUCGCUGUGCAGCUCUUCAAGGGCAAGUUCUUCUACUGCACCGACGAGUCUAAAGGUCUGGAGAAGGACUGCAGGGGUAAGUUUCUGGACUAUGACGGUGAUGAAGUGGCGGCCCAGGAUCGUGAGUGGAGGAAGUAUGAGUUCCAUUACGACAAUGUGCUGUGGGCCUUCCUCACCCUAUUCACCGUCUCCACCGGGGAGGGCUGGCCAAUGGUCCUAAAGCAUUCUGUGGAUGCCACCUAUGAGGAUGAGGGUCCCAGCCCAGGCUUCCGUAUGGAGACCUCGAUCUUCUAUGUGGUCUACUUUGUGGUCUUUCCCUUCUUCUUUGUCAACAUCUUUGUGGCUUUGAUCAUCAUCACCUUCCAGGAGCAGGGAGACAAGGCCAUGUCAGAGUGUAGUCUGGAGAAGAAUGAGAGAGCUUGUAUUGACUUUGCCAUCAACGCCAAGCCUCUGACGCGCUACAUGCCAGCAGACAAGCAGUCGUUCCAGUAUAAGAUGUGGCAGUUUGUGGUGUCGCCACCCUUUGAGUACUCCAUCAUGACCAUGAUCGCACUCAACACUGUGGUGCUGAUGAUGAAGUUUCACGGUGCUCCGGAGCUGUAUGAGGCCAUGCUGAAGCACCUGAACAUUGUGUUCACAGCUCUCUUCACACUAGAGUGCAUCCUCAAGAUCAUCGCUUUCGGACCACUGAAUUACUUGAAGGCAGCUUGGAACGUGUUUGACUUUGUGACAGUAUUGGGGAGUAUCACAGACAUCUUGGUCACAGAGAUUAAGGACAAGCUGAUCAAUCUGAGUUUCUUGAGGCUGUUCAGGGCGGCCAGGCUCAUCAAGCUGCUGAGGCAGGGCUACACCAUUCGCAUCCUGCUAUGGACCUUUGUCCAGUCCUUCAAGGCCCUGCCUUACGUCUGCCUCCUCAUCGCUAUGCUCUUCUUCAUCUACGCCAUCAUCGGCAUGCAGGUGUUUGGAAACAUUGAGCUGAAUGAGGAAUCAGCCAUCAAUCACCACAACAACUUCCAGACCUUCUUCCAGGCUCUGAUGCUUCUGUUUAGGAGUGCAACAGGUGAGGCGUGGCAUGAGAUCAUGCUGUCGUGUCUGAGUAACCGUCCGUGUGAUAAGCUGUCAGGGUCCGGAGGGAAGGAGUGCGGCAGUGACUUUGCUUAUUUCUACUUUGUCUCCUUCAUCUUCCUCUGCUCCUUCCUGAUGCUCAAUCUGUUUGUGGCGGUCAUCAUGGACAACUUUGAGUACCUGACCAGAGACGCCUCUAUCCUGGGGCCUCACCACCUGGACGAAUUUGUCCGUGUUUGGGCCGAGUACGACCCUGCUGCCUGUGGCCGUAUGACCUACCUCGAUAUGUACGAGAUGUUCCGUCACAUGUCCCCUCCACUAGGUUUGGGAAAGAAAUGCCCGCCCAGAAUCGCCUACAAGCGAUUGGUUAAGAUGAACAUGCCCAUUGCCGAUGACAACACGGUCCACUUCACGUCCACUCUGAUGGCGCUCAUCCGCACUGCUCUGGAGAUCAAACUGGCGUCUGGAGUCCUGGCCCAGCGUCUGUGUGACGCUGACCUGAGGAAAGAGAUCUCCAGAGUCUGGCCCAACCUGCCUCCGAACACUAUCGACCUGCUGGUCACACCAUAUAAAAAUGAUGAGUUCAAUGAGCUUCUUUGCCCCUUUGCGGUUGUAAACCGAGAGCUGACAGUGGGGAAGGUCUACGCUGCCCUCAUGAUCUUUGACUACUACAAGCAGAACCGGGCCAAGAGACUGGAACAGCAACUGGGACUGGACUUCACAGGGACAAUUAAGAAUAAAAAGGGCCCAGCCUUCUUCUGCCCCAUGCCCAUGACCCAUAUGCAGGAGGAGGGGACAACAGUCUCCAGAGCCAAUCCCCUGCCAUCCUCCCAACCUGAACCAGAGUCUCAGCCAGAGCCCACGCCAUCCACCACCUCUCUAACCAAUGGGGAAGCAGUACCAAGCACUAGAAGUCCCAUAAAAGAGUCAGGAGAGCAACUGUCUCAGGAGGGCCAACGGUCCAGCAGUAGAAAAAGGAUUCUACAGAGGGGCCAGUCAGAGGACGUGCCCUACUCCAACAAACCUCAGGAAUCAGUGGAGAUGAGGCAGGUGGAGAACGGUGCUGAUAUCGGGGGCUACUCUGGUCUGGAUGGCCAUGGCAGAGCAGCCUCCAUGCCAAGACUGGACUCCCAGUACAAUCGGAACCACCCUCGUCACCUACCUGGGACCUACCUGGCACCUAUUGCUGACAUCAGUCCUAUCAGGCGGUCGGCGUCCACGUUGGCUUCCCAGUGCCACCGGGAGAUGAGUCUGAGAGACUACACCCUGGAGCGGCCCAGCCAGGCCCAAGCCCAGGCCUCCUCAGCCCCAGGUCAAGCCCAGGACAGGCCCCACCACCAUCACCACCACCGCUGUCACAGACGCAGGGACAAGGACAGGGACAAGAAGCAGAAGUCGCUUGACAGGGCAACCAGCGUUCAGCCUUCUAGUACAGCAUGUUCGUCUGUUGACCCCCUUGUGGAGGGCUUGACCAGGGAGCGGGCGAGGGAGCGUGACCGCGGCCGGCCUCAUGAGAAGAGGCACCACUCUGCAGCCGGGGAGACGAAGCGUUACUACUCCUGUGAGCGCUACGUAGGCAGGGAGCACUGCCACACCAAGUCAGCUGGCCCCAGCCGCUCCACCUCCCCUGGAGAGACCCACGACCUAGGCCUCUUGAAGCAGAGUAUCAGGAUGAGUAAAGGCAGCCAAGUGGUCCUAACCUUUGGAUCUAGCCCAUCCUGCCGUGGGCGCAGACAGCUCCCCCAGACCCCCCUGACCCCACGCCCCGCCGUGGCCUACAAGACUGGAAACUCCUUGCCCAUGCAGUUUGGUUCCACAGGGCACCAGUCCUUUCUCAGUCGUGGACUCUCGGAGAGUAACGCCCUGCUGGAGUCACCCCCCAUACCCGUCACCCUCAUUGGCUUAGACCCAAACCUGAGCCCCUGUCCGCGGAACGCCCCACCAUGCAGACUCCCUGAGGAGCCUGACGACUUCCAGGAUGCUGUGAGCAACCAUGGAGGGAGCCACUCCCCUAGGAUCAUUGCCUCAGCCUCCCAUGGGGCUGCCGGGCCCUCUUCUGCACCUGCCCCACAGGGCCGGGUUGGGAUCCCAAACGGGUACCACUUCACUCUUGGGGUCAAUGCCGUUUCAAGCUCCAGCCCCAGAGGGACUGUGAGUUUUGGUGAGAAGGAAGAGGAUGACUGGUGCUAGUGUAGCAUAGCUAACAUCCCCCUCCACAUAUCUGGAAGCGUUUUAGCUUGAACGUUGAUGAACUCGCUCAUCUUUUGUACAGAUGACAGUAUAGUUUUGUUGUUUCCUGUGUGCUCUUAGGUGGCCACGGGUGUGGGGUAUGUUCAAAGAUGUGUAAAACAUUGAAAAAUGACUCUGAAAAGGAAAAUCAUUCCCGUUUUUUGUGAUGUUUUCUCUUUUCUACACAAAGGACACUAAAGGACAAAGGACACCUGCUAUGACAUUUUCUCAAUUCCUUUCUUGCACUGAAAUUAAAGCUUAUUUCAAUAGUGUGCAUAGUCCAGAGGACAUGUGAAAUCCCUCUUGAGUAUUUGACUUUUUGACUUUUUUUUGUGACUUUUUUUAGACAUUUUUUUUUUAUUAGAUGAAAAAAAAAGCCAAAAUGUCUUCCUACUGUCUGUGGGGGAAAACAACUAAGACUUUAAACAGUGUUUCUCUGCAGGAUUGAGCAGAAAAAUCUUUAUUUCACCCUAUAUUACAGUUUUAAAAUGGGGCUACAUACUAUUGCUGUCUAAAGGACAAAACACACUGUGCUGUCAUAUGACUAAAAGCAGCUGGUGGCCUAUCGCCUCUGACCACAGACCAUCGGCCGCCAUUUUCUACACAAUGAAUAGCCAAUGUUCUUUGACACCCAGCAGGUGAUCUACUGCGUAUGGUGUGUGUUUUCCUUUCAUGUGUCUGCUGGGUCUGGAAGUAAAAUGAGAGGAACCAGGAGGCACAAGUGGUGAUAAAAAUGAAUUACCACUCAAAACCCCUCCCUCUCUGCAAAAAAUCUAGUAUCUCUUUUACUCUUUUUACACAAGCUUUCGGUAUUACAGAAACAUACAUAAGAAUAGUAUAGUAUAGUAUAAGUAGGUAUAGUAUUGCUGCUGUUUUUCCAUGUAACUCAUGAGAUGUUGAACCAUUUCUCAACAACAACAAAAACACAGGACUGAAGAUUCUAAUAUAUUUUCUAUGGAACUAUAACAUUAGAUGGAAUAUCUUUUCAGGAUGUUCAUUAUUUUGUGAGUUGUACCUAGUGUAAGUGAUGAGUGUAGUUGGGUAGGUCAGCUGUUUCUAACGUAUUGCUCUAGUGGCUGAAUACCAAGUGCCUAUCAUUAAAGAUGUGUUAUUGUAAAGCUAUAAUGCAGCCUGACUUUUGAUGUAUCAACACUGGAGAGGAGAGGGUGGAACGUAUGAUAUGGGGUAUACAGUAUAUGAUGUAUAUAAUAACUGGUUAUGCAUACGAAUAGAAAUGUAUAUAGUUGAAAAGCAAAGAGAGGUUUACGUAAUUUAAGGACUACAGUAUGAAUUGCUGGUUUGGAAUGAACAAAGCUUUUUCUUUGAUUCUCCAAGGAGGGAAAGGUUUUUGGUAAUUAUGUAAAACAUGAUUAUGUACACUAUAGAAGUUAUAAGUAGGUCAGAACUACAGAUCCAAAGAAAUGUAAUGCAAUGUAAUGCAUGCCAGGGUCUUGAACUUGUCAAAGUUGUCUGUACUUUUGCUUAAGGGUGUAUACAGAGCUUUUGCCUUUCUCUUCCAAAAAUAGACAGCACUGCCAGAGUGAGAUGUAGGGAAAAGUGGUUCCAGGGGAAAAAUGCCCUUUGUGAUUCCUUCCAACAAGGACAGUUUCACUUUACAUGUUCUUAUCGAUAUCAACAAUAUAUUCAAAUGUAUGCCUCCAUAUCUUUCAGAUAAAGUAGAGUAAAUGUACAGUACGCUAAUGAAUUCUGCCACUUUUGCCAAUAUCUCAAGGGUUUGUUUUCUUCCAAAUAUAUUUAUCCUGAGAGCAGAGUCGUGUGAGGGGUUUCACUAACUGAUAUAUAGCCUACAACCUUGUGUGUUCACAGGUAUUGAAGGGUUGUGUUGAGUGUUGACUCUUUAAAGUAGGGCUAUGCAACAAGAUGACACUUUGGGACGGAUUCUCAUCUGCGCUGUAGCUUUACCCUCUGGGGUCUCCAGGUUCAGGCUUUAGCGUGACUUUUUACCAAAUUUUACAUAGGAUUUAUUAACAAAGAUUUGUCAAAUGUAAAUGUAGUAUAUCAUGUACGUUGAACAUGCAUUAAUGAAGGCACAAUGGUUAUAAAUGGAAUUAUGUCAAACAGGGCAUUUUGAGUUCAGCAAGUCGAUUUGCAUGUACUCUGAUAGAACCACCCAGAUGGACAAAUGUUUGUUUUUAUUGUACUAAAUCAGAAAUAGCAUUUAUUUAGUUUUCUAGAGUCAGAUAUAUCGUGCAAUCUAUUUGAUGGAUCGUCAAAGGUGAAAUAUUAGACUUUGAAUUGAAGUUAUUAAAUGUGAACAUGGCUAUUUGUAGGAUUGCAGAAAUCUUCCUUUGGCCUCUGUGUGCCAAUAUGGUGUAAUAGUGGGGGAUAUAAUGAGUGUGUACCCCUAGAUCUGUGAACACACCCACCAUGUUUUAAACCUCACUCACCCCACCCUCCCAGUAAAUAGGUGGCCAAUGUUAAAACCACACUGGUUUGUCUCGGCACACCUCAUCCAGGUUCCCUGUGGCUAUAUUCCCUGGACAUGUCAUGUUUGCAUGUUAUGAAACGUAUGUGCAUGUGCAAAACACAGACAUUGUAUACAGAAUGUAGUGUAUGAAGAUAAACAAUCUGUUCACUGGUUGUAUUUUCUGAAGAUCUUUAAUGCAUAUGUCUUCGUUUCUGGAAAGUCAAAGAGCUUGAAUUACAUUUCAACGGAAGUAUUGAACUAUAUUUGAAGGUUCUGGUCUGAAGCAACUGGGUCCUUUGCUGCCUGAUAUGUUAUAGGCCUAUGACUGUCAAUCCUACAGUUGUUUCUACCAUUACAUUUUGUAUGAAUAGAAGUCCUUGAAUAAAGAUAUAUGAACAUGA